GGCCAGCAGCAUCCACUGGCUUGCCCUGUGUGCGGCUCCAGCUGGAAACUAGAAGCGCCGUUGCUUUCUCUCCACCACAACCACAACAGCAAUCCCAAAUCAAAAUCGGAAUCCGAGUUCAAGCUCCGAGAAGUUAAAACCAAGACGUUGAGAGUCUACAACGAUGACGAGCCGUUGGUAUCUCCCAUCUCUCUCGCUCAGUUCAAUCCCAUACCUGAAUCGGAAGAGAACGACGAUGAAGAAUGCCAAGAGAACCAUGAAUUUCAAGGAUUCUUCGUCAACGCUUCUCCUUUAUCCAAUCAAUCAUUAACUGAUCCAAUUCCGAGCGUCGACGUCAUGUUAUUGCCCGAAGCUGCUGUAUUGGCGGUCGGGAGGAGCUACGAGAGUUAUACUGUGAUGCUCAGAGUCAGAGCCCCUCCGUCGAAGGCGGCGCACGGGGCACGUAGGGCUCCGGUGGAUCUAGUCACAGUGCUCGAUGUCAGUGGGAGCAUGAAUGGACAGAAGCAGCAGAUGAUGAAACGUGCCAUGAGAUCGGUAAUAUCUUCGCUGCGAGAGACGGACCGGUUGUCCAUCGUUGCAUUCUCCGGGAGCUCCAAGCGGUUGCUGCCACUGAGGAGGAUGACGACCGACGGACGUAGAUCGGCUCGUCGAAUCGUAGACGCGCUCGGAGGCGCCGGGCAAGGGAUGAGCGUGAACGACGCUCUGAAAAAGGCAGCCAAGGUGAUCGAAGAUCGACGGCAGAGAAACCCCGUCGCCACCAUAAUUGUCUUAACAGACGGUCAAAACGACCGGCCCCACAACAAACAUUCCAAUCAGAUGCGCUCAUCCCCUUUCGUCUCCACCACGCGCAUUUCUCCUCUGGAAAUCCCAGUCCACGCGAUUGAUUUGGGACAUGCCGGCGCGUGUUACCAGCCACUUUCCGAGAACGCAUUUAGCCAGUGUAUUCGCGGUUUGUUAAGCGUUGUGGUUCAGGAUCUCAACCUUAAACUCGGGUUCGUUUCCGGUUCAGCUCCGGCGGACAUCGCUUCAGUUUACUCUCUAACAGGUCGACCCGCGUCGCUCGGAUCCGGGUCGAUCCGGCUGGGUGAUCUAUACGCUGAGGAAGAGCGGGAGUUACUGGUGGAACUGAGAGUGCCAGCUCCGUCCGUCGGGUCCCACCACGUCCUGUCCGUACGGUUCUCUUACAUGGACCCUUCAUCGCAGGAGCUGAUCUGUUCUAAAGAGCACGCGCUCGUCGUACCUAGACCCCAGGCCGUACGAUCCUCUUCCCCUACCAUCGCACGGCUGAGAAAUCUCCACAUCAGCACCCGCGCCAUAGCAGAAUCCCGCCGAUUAAUCGAGCGCAAUGAUUUUUCGGGAGCUCAUCAUCAGUUGUCCUCGGCUCGAGCACUCUUGAUACAAUCCAGGUCAACGACGACCACCGCCGACGACAACAUUCGCAGCAUUGAAGCCGAGCUGCAUCGGCUCGAUCAGCAGCAACAUAGAAACAGAACUGGCGGUGGUCGGACAGAGGAGAAAGCGGAGCCGCUAACGCCGACAUCGGCUUGGAAAGCCGCGGAGAGAUUGGCUAAAGUGGCUAUAAUGAGGAAACAUAUGAACAGAGUCAGCGAUUUGCACGGCUUUGAGAACGCUAGAUUUUAAUUACUUCCUUUUUCACUUUUCGCAUCAUAAAAUUUUUCUUACCAUUUUGUAACACAGAGGGCAAAUAUGUAAAUUUAUAAUAUAAUUUUUUUUUUAAUAGAAAAAUGUGAAUAGUGUGGACCCGGGCGCAUAAUAGCGACAAGCAGUACCAGACGUUUAGGUC